AUGGGAGACAAGGAAGAAGUACUCGAAGCCGUCUUGAAAGAAACGGUGGAUCUGGAAAAUGUGCCUAUUGAAGAAGUUUUCGAGAGCUUAAGAUGUAGCAGAGAAGGUCUCACUACGGAAGCUGCUGAUGAGAGGCUUGCCCUCUUUGGGCAUAACAAGCUCGAAGAGAAGAAGUCUUCUCUUACUGGUGAAUCUCUCCCAGUAACCAAAGGUCCAGGAGAUGGUGUGUAUUCCGGCUCCACUUGCAAACAGGGAGAGCUUGAAGCUGUUGUGAUUGCAACGGGAGUUCAUACAUUCUUUGGAAAGGCCGCCCAUCUUGUUGACACGACCAACCAAAUCCUAAAUCUCGCCCACAAUAGAUCAGAGAUUGAGCGAAGAGUUCAUGCUGUAAUAGAUAAGUUUGCUGAGCGGGGUCUGCGAUCUCUUGCUGUGGCAUACCAGGAAGUUCCAGAAGGGACAAAGGAAAGUGCUGGAGGCCCUUGGCAAUUUGUGGGUCUCAUGCCUCUUUUUGACCCACCGAGGCAUGACAGUGCCGAGACAAUUAGAAGGGCCUUGAACCUUGGGGUGAAUGUCAAAAUGAUCACAGGGGAUCAGUUAGCUAUAGGGAAAGAGACCGGACGCCGUUUAGGGAUGGGAACCAACAUGUACCCUUCAUCUGCUUUGCUUGGACAUAACAAGGAUGAGUCUAUAGGGGCCUUACCCGUUGAUGAUCUCAUAGAAAAAGCUGAUGGCUUUGCUGGCGUCUUCCCUGAGCAUAAAUAUGAGAUAGUGAAGCGAUUACAAGCAAGGAAACAUAUCUGUGGAAUGACGGGCGAUGGAGUAAAUGAUGCCCCUGCUCUUAAAAAAGCUGAUAUUGGCAUUGCAGUUGCUGAUGCAACUGACGCAGCUCGUAGUGCUUCGGAUAUUGUUCUUACUGAACCUGGUCUUAGUGUUAUCAUAAGCGCUGUCUUGACCAGUCGUGCUAUCUUUCAGAGAAUGAAAAAUUAUACCAUCUAUGCGGUUUCCAUCACAAUCCGUAUUGUCCUUGGCUUCAUGCUACUGGCUCUCAUAUGGAAGUUUGACUUUCCACCCUUCAUGGUUCUUAUCAUCGCCAUACUGAACGAUGGCACAAUUAUGACAAUAUCAAAAGACAGGGUGAAACCUUCCCCUCUUCCAGAUAGCUGGAAACUGUCAGAGAUUUUUGCAACUGGCGUUGUGUUCGGGACCUACAUGGCAAUGAUGACAGUUAUAUUUUUCUGGGCUGCAUAUAAAACUGACUUCUUCCCGCGAACUUUCGGAGUUUCGACCCUUGAGAAAACAGCACAUGAUGAUUUCCGGAAGCUUGCCUCAGCAAUAUACCUACAAGUCAGCAUUAUUAGUCAGGCGCUAAUCUUUGUGACCCGGUCACGGAGUUGGUCUUAUGUGGAACGUCCUGGGAUGUUGCUUGUGAUAGCCUUUAUCGUCGCACAAUUGGUGGCUACUCUAAUUGCCGUCUAUGCGAAUUGGAGCUUUGCUGCGAUCGAAGGGAUCGGGUGGGGAUGGGCCGGGGUCAUUUGGCUCUACAACAUUGUGUUCUAUAUUCCUCUUGAUAUCAUCAAGUUCUUGAUUCGGUACGCCCUUAGCGGCAGAGCCUGGGACCUUGUUAUUGAGCAAAGGAUUGCAUUCACGAGGCAGAAGGAUUUUGGGAAAGAACAAAGGGAGCUACAAUGGGCGCACGCACAGAGAACGCUACAUGGCCUGCAAGCACCAGAUGCUAAAAUGUUCCCAGAGCGAACCCAUUUCAACGAGCUUUCCCAAAUGGCUGAAGAAGCAAAGAGAAGAGCCGAGAUCGCUAGGUUGCGGGAGCUUCACACACUCAAGGGUCACGUUGAAUCUGUCGUGAGGCUAAAAGGUCUCGACAUUGAAACCAUUCAACAAUCUUACACAGUCUGA